GUCAUUUGUGGACCAGCCUGUGACAAUCUGCUGGAACGGGUGAUGAACAGCCUGUAGGAAGCCGCAGAACCCUUUGAUCAACCAUGAGUGAGUGGGCAGGGUCAAGGAUGUUACCCACUGAUCUGCUUGCUGGCGCACACCCUGUCCCCUGGACGCCUGUGACAAUGGAAUUCUGCUGCCUUUUGCCGUGAACCUGUUGGCCGUGGCCUUCUUUUAAAUAACUCCUGUUCUCCUUAGCCUGCAUUCUUUUGCUCCUCCCACCCGCUUGUCUUGACGAGUUAUCCAGACUAGUGUCUGAUAAAAAAAACACCCCUUACUUCACCAACUCGAUACCUCACCCGAUCGGCACGACAUCACAGCACGAUGGGAGUCGGAGGCGUCGUUCUUCGAUUCUUUAACCUGGCCAUCCGGAUCCUGCAGUUCCUGGAUUCUGCAGUGAUCCUCGGCAUCUUCUCCUACUUCCUGGCCAAGCAGUCUCAGCAUGAUCUGGGUAUUCCUCGCUGGAUGAAGGCCGUGGAGGGUCUCUCAGGAGCGGCAACGUUGUAUGCGCUCUUGGGAUGUCUCUUCACGUGCUGCCUCGGAGGUGUUGCUUUCUUCGCUGGCUUGGCCAUGGCUCUCGACGUCUGCUUCGUGGGUGCCAUGGUUGCCAUCGCUGUGAUGAGCCGCGAUGGAACCCAGAAAUGCCAGGGCACGAUGGACACUCCGGUAGGAACGGGGGAGGAAAACGCGGAUUCUCCAUCCGGCGUGCAGUACGGAUUCGCCUGUCGCCUGAACAAAGUUGUCUUCGCCGUCGCCAUUAUUGGAAUCUUCUUCUUCCUCAUUUCCAUCCUCUUCCAGUUCCUUCUUGGCCGUCACCACAAGCGCGAGAAGCGUUUCGGUCCUUCUCCCGCCAACAACUACACGUACGGAACCCAGAAGCGCCUGGCCUUCUGGCGUCGCAACAAGACUGCGCCCCAGGGCAACGGUGACGACACGCUCCCUGACCACCCCACCCCCCACGAUGUCGAGACGGGACCCGCUACGGGGGAGAAGCAAGGGUGGUUCAACCGCUUUGGCCGUAAGAAUGAGGACCCUGCCGCCGCGCCAAAUGGUUACGCGGCUCCGGCCCCUGCCAAUACGGGGUACGGCAACUCGGCCUAUGGUAACUCUGCCUACACGGGCAACUACUAGGCCGAUUUCUCGGUGUUGUUGGAUUGGACAGAUCGACUGUCCGGGAUGACCCCUUGCCUUCCUUGCAGGGAUGCGAUGUACACCCGGCACUGAUCUUCGAUGAACGAAGGAAAAGACGUACAUACAUAUGACUACUGGUGGCUACAGAAACCACCACAGCGAUACCAAACUACGAAUAUAAUCUUAAUGAAGUUGUUAUUCCAAAUCAACGAACACAAGAAAACAAGAACUACACCGCGUUUUCUGGUCUACAGGCAUGGCAUGACUGAACGAAGACAUACACGGCCCCAAUCGACAUUACGGUAUUAGGGCGACAUUUGUUGCUUAAUUUUGGGCGCUCGACCUCGCACUCUUUUACGACCUACUUGCCUUCUCUCGAGUGUCAUUGUAUUAUAACCACGAUAUAUGUUUUAAUAUUGCUGGAGCUUUAAUGUUUGCGGAGCAUCGUUGCUAGACUUGGCUACUCAAUAUCAGUUUAACUUUGCCUGC